CGAGGGCCAUAACACUGUCGGAAGAAGUAGAAAGUUCAAAGGAGGCGGUGUAGUACGAGGAUGUAUGUGCAAAGAAGCACUCAACGUCGGAUCUCCACCACCACCACCACCACCACCUCCUCCUCGUCUCUCAUCCUUCUCGAGACCUUCAUUUCACAUAUCUCUCGAUCUUCCUAUUUAAGCCUAUCGCUUCUCUUCUUUUUCCAUCACUCGCUUCUGUCACUCCGUCGAAUAUGAUAAAGCCGAAUUCACAGUCUCCGUUUUCGAUCCUUAAUAUAGUGAUGCGAAUUCUCUCUUAGGAUUAUUAGCUUCUCAUGGCGACAAGAAAUCGAACUCUUCUGUUUAAAAAGCAUAGAGAUGCCCUGAAGAGCGUCCGUGCUUCUUCGAUCUCUUCUUCUUCUUCUUCGGGUGGUCCUGUGAUUGAAUUAGUCAGCACCUCGCUUCUGCAUCCUAAUCGGUCUUAUACUCCACUCAGUACCGAGGAUCCAGGAAGUUCCAGUAGGGAUGCACUUACAAUUGGUCUACCUCCAGCUUGGGUGGAUGUUUCUGAAGAAAUAACUGCAAAUAUGCAAUGUGCAAGGACAAAAAUGGCCGAGUUAUUCAAGGCCCAUGCAAAAGCUUUAAUGCCAUCCUUUGGAGAUGGAAAAGAAGAUCAACAAAUGAUUGAAGUUCUUACACAAGAGAUAACAGAUUUAUUGAAGCGGUCUGAGAAGAGAUUGCUUAAACUUUCUGCAAGUGGUCCUUCUGAGGAUUCAAAUGUUAGAAAAAAUGUACAGCGUUUUCUUGCAACUGACCUCCAGAACCUCUCAGUGGAGCUUCGGAAGAAACAAUCAGCUUAUUUGAAACACCUUCGGCAGCAAAAAGAGGGUCAAAAUGGGGUUGAUUUGGAGAUGAAUUUGAAUGAUAAGUCUAAAGUAGAGGAUGAUGACUUUAUUGAUAUGGGUUUUAAUGAUUACCAAAUGGCCAAGCUAAAAAAGAGAGAGGCAUUCACACUGGAAAGGGAGAGAGAGAUCAGACAGGUUGUGGAAUCAGUGAAUGAGCUUGCUCAAAUUAUGAAGGAUCUCUCAGUCCUUGUGAUAGACCAGGGUACCAUUGUUGACCGGAUAGACUAUAACAUUCAGAAUGUUGCAGCUACAGUUGAAGAGGGGUAUAAACAACUUCAGAAGGCAGAGAGAACACAGAGAAAAGGAGGAAUGGUGAUGUGUGCCACGGUGCUUGUAAUUAUGUGCUUCAUCAUGCUUGUCCUCUUGAUUCUCAAGGAGAUAUUUUUGUGAUCAGUGGAUAUGCUACUCUUGAAUCGAAUAUUUUUCUUGGCAUCAUCGCCUGCAACUUUACACAGAUGCAUAAAUGUUGCGAGACUUGAUAUGUUGGAGUGCGAGAGAGUUGUGAAGGAGAUGACAGCCGUGGGAACAAUGUGUGAAGCGUGCAUUUUAUAUGCCCCAUUAGUUAGGUUGUUAAUUAAAUCAAGGGAUGGGCUUUUUCGAUUUAAAUUUCCUAGGGUUUUGGAGAUUUACUUACCCAGCUCUCAUAUGCCAGGAAGAUGAGAUUCUUUAUGUUUGUAUUAAUUCUUUCAUGCCAAUUCUUUUAAUAAAACGAGUGCACCCCACAUCGAAACCCAGUGUAUGGAGUAUCGACCAAGGAACAGCAGUAUAUAUAGAUAUAUUUUGUGAAA